CCCCACUCUCGGCCAUGCAGACACUCCUCCUGUGAGCAUUGGUGAAGCAGCUCCUGUCCCUUAUGUCUCUUUGUGGGGAGCACAACAGACUUUUACGUCCUUGCAUCACUGGAGACGAAGCAGAGCUCCGGUGGAGGGGGGAACCUCCAGGUGCGGAACUCCGAGGCAAAAGUCUAAAAGAGAUGCCGGAAUUCAAGAACCGGACCACAGAAAGACUCUUAAAAGAAACUACCGAACGGAUUGAAUUGGACUGGACUGCAUCACUUUAAAGGUGGAAUCUUCCUUGUCUUUGGAAAAGUUAGAGCUGCAUAUAGAAUUCAGAGUGUUUGUUUUAUUUUUAUUUUAUUUAUCUGUCCCCCAGAGUACUUUCCUGACGGUCCCUCACUCUAAAGAAAUGGAGAUGCUCUUUAAAGAACAUCAUGAAUGGUCUCGACGGUGCUUUUGAUUCAGCAGCCCGGGCGUUUAUCUUAAUUCGCCAGCUCUUUCUGAGUCGUCUGCAUGAAAGACUGCAUUGAUAUUGCUCUAAGUGGGGGGGGGGAUAACUUGUGAAACUUUAGAGCUCUGAACUGGAGAAAAAAAAAUAUGGAAAAAAGAUCUGGAGUUGAGUUGAAAAAUUCAGGAUUUUUAGCUACACUAUAAAGACAGGAGUAAUGUUCACAGGGGACGGAGUGGUCAGUGGUCACUUCCUGACCGGGGGCACCUUCAAGCCUUACCCUGGACUGGAAGUAAACACAAAGAUUCAAAUGGAGAAUGGUCAAGUCUUCGGGGCCUAUCCUACGUACCAGGGUCAAGUUUGUACCGAUGUAAGCUUGCCCAAAGUGGCAAACGAUGUUUCAAAUUCUUUUAAAGUGCCGCCACCCUUACCAGUCCCACCCCCUGCUCUCAAACUGGGGCAGGAAGGCUUCAAGAAAGUCUGCAGGACCGAAGAGAACAAUCCAUGCCCCUUCCCCGGACUGGCGUCUGGGGUGCCGCCACCCUUACCAGUCCCACCCACUGCUCUCAAACUGGGGCAGGAAGGCUUCAAGAAAGUCUGCAGGACCGAGGAGAACAGUCCAUGCCCCUUCCCCGGACUGGCGUCUGGGGUGCCGCCACCCUUACCAGUCCCACCGCCUGCUCUCAAACUGGGGCAGGAAGGCUUCAAGAAAGUCUGCAGGACCGAGGAGAACAGUCCAUGCCCCUUCCCUGGACUGGCUUCUGGGGUGCUGGAGAUGCGGGUGAAAGAAGGGAGUAAGAUCCGUAACUUGAUGGGGUUCGCCAUGGCGCGGAUGCAAGGCGGAGACGGUGGAGGCGGAGAAGGCAGCGGGUUGAGGCAAGUGGUCUUCACCGGGUCAGGGCGUGCCGUCACCAAGACCAUCACCUGCGCCGAGAUCAUGAAGCGAAAAGUGGGCUCGUUGCACCAGCUGACCAAGCUGCAGUACAAGGUGGUGAAAGAGGUGUGGGAGAACACCGACGGGGGGACGUCGGAGAUGACCGUGCACAGAACCGUGCCCUCCAUCAGCAUCCUCCUCUCCAAAGAUCCUCUGGACCCCCGGGAGCCGGGCUACCAACCCCCGGAGACUCUGGGUGCAUUGUGGGAAGAGAGGGACGGCGGCACGCAGUCAGCAUUUAAGAGACCUCUCACACCUUCGCCGCUCAGCAGUUUCCCGCUGUGUAAGCGGGUGUGUUCCGGAGAGGGGGUCUCAGUCCUCCCCCCGCACUGACUGGAUGUCAACAGUGCAUGGUGGGGUGGGGGGGUAUUGGAUCCGAAGAGUUCAUUUGGAGCUGCCCUCCGCUCAAGCACAACGCUGAGACAAUCAGAACAGUCAGUCAGACAGAACAGUGCUUUCUCACAAGAAUUAAGUACCAAUUGCAGCCUUGGGAGGUCAGUCCGGACUGUUGGCGUUUCAAAGCUUGCCUUCUGUACAUACAGCUAGGGACCACAAUUGUCAUCUUGUCCGUGAUACAAACCCUUAAACAGAAUGACUUAAGUUAGAGAACAAAAAAAAAAAAGCCAUGAACUGCAAAGUAACUGUUUUGCGCCCAUAGAGCAACGCUUUUCAGUAGAACCCAGACCACAAAGACAAGCAGCUUAAAAGCCAUUGACGAUAAGACAAAUGCAAAACAUGUCAAUUUGUAUUUGUCUGAAUAUUAAAUGUUUUUUCCCCUCCCCGACGGAAAAGCCUCUGCGAUAUUUUAUCUAUUCUCCGCAUGGCUCAAUUUGCAAUUGAAAAGAAAACCGGCGUCACAAUGUUGCAAUAAGGACAAAGACAUCAGUACAUUUUUGUUUGUAGCAGACAUAUUGUCAUGGUAAAAAUUAUUACACCACUUUGUUCCUUCAGUUUCUUGUUCAUUUUAAUGCCUGGUACAAGGAAAAGGACCUUGUUUUAUUUUUUUGGCAGUACAACACCAAAUACCAAAUCGUUAUUCAUGUAAGAACUGAUUUUGGUGAUCGAGAAAACCAUGGAACUCUUAUGAGCUGUUUUUGUUGUCGUCAUACCUGUGCCAACAAAUGCCCCUCUAAUUGUAGCAGCCAUUAAAAUGGAUCAAUACACUGAAGAAACAAGGGUGGUUUAAUAUUGUUUUAUGACUGUAUAUCUGAAAAAGACAGAUUGUCUGAUAAUUGGGGUGUCGAGUGUUGCAAAAAGGACAAAGACAUUAGUACAUUUUUGUUUGUAGCAGACAUAUUGUCAUGGUAAAAAUUAUUACACCACUUUGUUCCUUCAGUUUUGUGUUCAUUUUAAUGCCUGGUACAAGGAAAGGGACCUUGUUUUAUAUUUUUGGCAGUACAACGCCAAAUACCAAAUCGUUAUUCAUGUAAGAACUGAUUUUGGUGAUCGAGAAAACCAUGAAACCAUGGAACUCUUAAGAGCUGUUUUUGUUGUCAUCAUAUCUGUGCCAACAAAUGUACCUUUAAUUGUAGCAGCCAUUAAAAUGGAUCAAUACACUGAAGAAACAAGGGUGGUCUAAUAUUGUUUAUGAUUGUCUGAUAAUUGGGGUGUCGAGAUUUGUCACUCAAACACACCAAUGACCUGCAGCCAUGAAGCAGAAAAGCAGAGAGAAGCAGUAAUGUUCAUUUUUAGAUAUAGUUAGCUCAUGUGUUUUUCGUUUAUCGUCAAAAAAUACGAUAAAAAAUUUAGCUUCAGUCGGUUUGCAUACAUAUUGUUAAUACACUGCAUGAGCCUGUGUUCUUAAAGGAAAACUGCACUAAUUAAAUCAACCACAACC